GCGCAUAUUUCGAACGGGAAUUCGCCGAGUUGCCGCCUCGCCGCAAAAGUCCAUCUCGAGAGCGAUCUCGCGGAAUACGCACGGAUGAUACGCGCGCGGAAUAUUCGAUGAAGCCCGCGCGAUGAGCAUCGGAUCGGUUUACGGCAUUUUUUUCACGUUCCGCGCGUUUUCGCCUUGCUCGAGUCGCUCGCGUGAAUCCGCCGCGUGACUUCAUCUCUUAACGCAUCGCUAUUUUCGUCGACGUGACUGUCGAUGUCUCUUCUUUUCUUUUCUUUUUUCUUUUUUUUUCCCGUGUAAUUAGAAGCGAAUACGCGAAUAUCUGGAGGCAAUCGAUACUCGACGAAAUACCUAACAAUUUUUUCCCAUAACUUUUUAAAUCGAGCAUAAAGCCCGUAUCAAAUUACGCGUGGGGGAUCGCAAAUUGAAGAUUAAAAUUUAACCGAUCAGAUAAUUUCAAUUUUAAUCCGUUUCGUGUUUCGAUUGCUUGAACUCUAAAUUCUCCAAUUCGCAAUUCUCAAUUUCUAAUGCGCGUAAUCUGAUACAGGCUUAACCCUUCGCGGUUUAUUUUAUUUUUCGCAUAAAACGAAGCUAAGGCAUCCCCGCCCUUGGUUUCGCACAUCUAAUUGGCUAGUUUAACACGAAGCAAAGAAUUUUUAUUACUCAAAGGAAUUCAUAUAUGAAUCCCAAGGUACAGUACUGAUAAUCGCGUGCAGAUUCAAAUGCUUGAAGGAUCAUGCGAUACAGGCGGUGGCAACGCGUUAUGGCAAAUUCAACUCGACAUAGGACCGUAAAGGGUUAAAAGGAUGCGGCCCGCGCGCUCGUCUCUCACGCGAGAAACGGAGUCGCGCUGUGGGAAAAGCCGCAAGGUCAAUCGACGAUCAAUCCAAUCUGUUCGAUGACGGACGCGUUACCUGUCGUAAAGGCGAAAAUUCUAGGCAUCACCCGGGGUUACUGCGGAGUUUGUACGUCGCUGGCGUGAGAGGGAAACGGAAGACGAGCGGGCGAGCGAGCGAGCGAGCGUUCGGUCGGUCGGUCGGUCGGCUGGCGCACCGAUGCGCGCCGCAGCUGCAGCUGCAUUCGCUGCCGCCACCGCCACCGCCGCCGCCCGCUGAACUGACCGGCCGUCGAACCCGAGAAAUGCUCCGCGAGAGAUGUAUCAUAAUAAGUGCACAACGUGCCCCGCGGACAGGGCGAGUCCCGGCGGAGGAUGCAUUUGCAUCCAUCCUUUGGCGAAACUUUUCUCCCCUCUCCCCCUCUCCCUCUCUCUCUCUUUCUCGUUGCAUGUUCGGUAACGCAUGGCCAGCGUUUUGAUAAAUAACGCUAAAUUCCGCUCACCCAGAUCCCAUCCCGGCAUCCCGCGCGGAUCGCCGGCACCCGCAAUAAUUUUUCAUUCCGUUUGCAUGCGGCUGCGCGGCAUCGAUCGAUGGCGAGCGAGCGCAGAAAAACCCAUGAUUUUCCAAUCACAGGUCCCGUUAGUCGCUCGAGGGGGGGAGGGACUCCGGCUCUCCCAGUUCCCAGUUCCCGGUCUCCGGUCUCCGCGAACGAGGGACAUUAGCGUGCGGCACGAUCGUCCUCUCGCGUAAAUCAUAGACCGAAAGACAGAAGGCAAAAGCACCGUUUGCACGCAUGCGAACAUGCACGUCGUGCAUCGCUCCCGUCCAUCGUCGGUUGCAUCGCAUCGCAUCGCAUCGCAUCGCACCGUAUCGCGCGCGUCGCGUCGCGUCGCCUUACGGCACGGAGGAAAUUGCCUCGGCUAAUAAGAAGUUUAGCGGCUUCCUGGUUUACGUUGGAAUUAGCGUUACGGAUGACGGUGGUAUCGAGUACUUCAACACCAUCGUGGUGCAGCCACACCUGAAGCUGGUCACGAAUCAGGGCAGGGGUUUUCACGUGAGAUGCAGAUACCAAACGCGCGACAAAGUCAUAACGAACGACCAGACUCACGUGUCCAUGAUGCAGUCUCUACCGUUGCAGGCAACCGCACCAAUGCCGGGAUGCACGAUGAAGAUCUUCAGCGGUGAUCCAACCCAGCAUCACGUGGCGGAGAAUGUGAAGAUCGGCGAUCCCUUGACCCUGGUCAUUAGCAUCGACAAACAAGAGUUGUUUGGUUUGAAGAUCUCCGAUUGCCUGGUACGCGACGGCCUUGGGUGGGGCGAGCAGCGGCUCAUAAAUGACGAAGGUUGUCCGGUCGACGGCGAGAUAAUGGGACAGUUCACCUAUAACGAGGACAAAACGGAGGCCAGGGUAAACUUCCAGGCGCACAAGUUCCCGUAUACGGCGAGCGUGUAUUAUCAGUGCAACGUUAGGCUGUGCGUCAAGCAUGGCGGAGGAUGCAGUAAUACGCCGCCGUUGUGCAACUCGAUAGCCAGACGACGCAGGGAUACCGCGAACGAUGUCGAAGUGAAGGGUGUCGAAGGCCUGGACGGCGGUACCCCGGCCACGAUCGAAGUUUACAGCGGUCUUUACGUCAACGAGGCCUCGGACAUUGGAUCCAAAUCGGACUUCUCCGAUGACGUCUUCCGAGAAAGGGCUAUCGACGACCCGAACACCAUUUGUAUAUCGCAGAGGAGUUUUGCUAUUGGGAUUGCCAUUGCCGGUCUCAUACUCAUGCUGGCGGUGGUAGCCGCCAUCUUGGUACUGCUCGCCAAGAGACGGCACAAGAGCGUAUCCACGACAGGAUCGUCCAUCUACAGUGGACCAUACACGAAUACCGCUUACAGCCACAGUAGCUAAGUCCGCCUCGUUCGGCGCGGGAUUGAGAUACCCGAGAUACCCCGGCCCGAAGAUAUCCGCGUUCCACGCGACAUCUUCCUCGCGGAAUCCCGUAGCGACGCGAGAUUUCGCGGUGGGUCUUCCCGGGCAGGCUCGAUCGACGAAGAUUUUUUAAUUAGAUUUUUAGUUACUCUCGACGCGAGAUCGAUUCAGAAACGACGAUCGCAGCCCUGUGCGCGGUUGAGGAUCGACAAAGCGAAACGAACGAAACGUGGAUCUCUUGCUCAACUGUUGACGUACUACUGUACUUCUUCUUACGUUUCGCACGACGACCUCGGUCAUUAACGGCGACGUUUCAGGAUAUUUAAACAACUGAUGAUAGAGUUCGCCCUGUCUAUUAAUAUGUCCCAUCUCUUCCCUCUCACACCGUCCUCACCUCUACACUUAUUAAAAAAAAAAAAAAAAUAAAAGUAUAAAAUUUUCCUGGUGUAAUAAAAAUUAUAGCACAUUUUCAAACAAUAUUAUAGAAAAAAAUUAUACAAUUAUGUUUUCGUAAGGAAAAAAAAGGUAUAUUGUAUUAAGUCAGUGCUUUUUACACGCGAAUUUUACGUAAUGAAACCUGUCUGGAAAAGAAUCGCAACUCUUUUCAAUUUGCCACUAAAAUUAUUGUGCUUGAGGUAGUAAUUAUUCCGUCCAAAUAGUAUGUAUAUAUUUUAGUGAUGAAACCCUUACUAUUUGCUGCGAUAUAUAUAAGAUUACACGAACAUCUAAUGAAUCGACAUGGCUCAUUCCCCGUCGAGAGUUGCAUCAUUCUAAUAUAUAUAUUAUAUAUAUAUACAUACAUCUAAUAUACUAUGCUGUACACUAGUCCGGUAUACGCUGUCCUACCUAACACAUAUCUAUUGCACUAAACACACAAGCGCGCACGGGAAAACACCAACUCAAUGAUACCCCUGUAAAAAAAUUUUCUCAGUUUCUUUAAAAAUUUUUUUUAUAUUAAUUUAUAAAAAUUUUUGAAAAAAAUGUCUUUCAGAGAUUUUAAGUUUUCUUUAAAAAUGAGAAAUCUUAGAAUGUUUCACUAUUAAAUUUACAUAUAUACAGAAUUUUAAGAAGAUAUAUACUUUCUCAGCAUUUUUUAAAAAUAUUUCCACUUGUAUACAAAAUCUUGAUAAAUUAUUUGAAAAGUUAGUUUUAAGAUUGCAUAAAAAUUUCAGAAGAAUUCUAAAACAAAAAACUACACUCGGGUUUAACACGUGCGCACACUCACUCUAGCUAGAUUUAAGUUCAAGUCAACGCUACGCGUGAACUUCUCAAAUAACUCAAUCAAAUACUCCGGUGAUCCCCGCGUGCGAUCGUUGACGUUUUCGACGCCGAUACUUUCGCGCUUUGCUCCGAUGCGAUUUCUAAUUUGAAAUGUAUUCUCGAAUGAAAAGCAUAUCUACGUGUGUACGUGCGAAUACUUAAAUCAUUCAUACAUGACGUAAUAUGCAUAGAAAAUCAAUACCGACAUUUCCGAUUAUGUAUAUUAAUCGUGUAUUAAUCCAAAACAUCGAAGAAGGUAAUAAUCAAAUAUGAAAUUGUAUUAUUUUUAAAAAUCCUUUUUAAAUGGACAAUAUCAAAAAUAGCCCCCUAAUUGAUUACAUUUUGUACAACGUAAUGAUAUAAUUUCUAAUGUAUCAGUAGCAACGAUUCAACUUUAAAAACGUAAUCGGAAAUGCAUCUUCGGCGAAGCUUUUUAACAAAAUCUAAUUAUAAAAGGACGCAACCAAGAUUCAAUAUAAUGUAUGCAUGUGUUUAUUAAGCCUUCGAUAAAGCUGCGUGUGAAUGGACCGUCGCCAUCGUAAAGAUGCAAGAUAAUCCGUAGCUGUCAUAGAAACAAGUCAAAAUCCAAGCUUGCACCUAUCCCAUAAAUUAUUUCUAUGUCUACGAUGAUGCGAUAUUGGAAUGAAUGCAACGUAUGCGAGCGCUCAGUAUAAUCAGAUUGUGUAAUUCAGUUAUAACGCUUAAAUGUUACUGUUAAUUAGUCUAAUUGAAAUGCGGCGCUGCUUCAACGUCGGUAUGUCCCGGAUCGUUUAAAAGCAAUUACGAAUAUUACUGAAGAUUACUCAACCGAAUGUUUUUUAACAACAGAUACGCGCUUUGGGACGGUUUCAAUCCGAUUAAAACAAAAAUGCGCGUAGAAAUGCCGAAAAUACCGAUGUCGUAGCAGUUUGAGGCGUUUAGAUAUUAAUUGACGAUGACAAGGAAGCUCUACUGCCAACGCAGUCGCGUAACUGGGUCCAACGUGGUGGUGGGUACAUGACAUGUAAAAUUUUACAUUUAAAGAGAAACCGACACCCGUAACGUAACUCGUUAACUCUUCGUCAAGCGCUAAUACGCUGCCGUGCGGGAACGGAGUGUUGUGGUAUAGUAGUUUUCUGAAAACAAUAAUGUGUUGCGACAGCUGUUCCGGAUGGACCCUGACGUGUCGAAUGAAACGUAAUGCCGAUGCUUAUAUGCCUUACCGAACAAGGCCUUUGCCGAUCUAAAGACUAUCCUUAGUGAUGGAUGUUCAAAUCCUUCUCUUGAAAGUUCUGUUUUCAAUUGUAUGAUUUGAAUUGCUUUGUGAAUAUCGUUCGAAAUUGAAAUUUCUUGAGUCUUGAAUGUAAAAUACAUCUUUCAAAAACAUUUAAACUUCUAAAAUAUUUGACAAAAUAAGAUUGUUAUCUAUCUACAAAUGAAAGUGGAUUGAAUUAAUGUGUUGUAAAAAAUAAAUAAUUUUUGUAGCAUUUGAGACUUUUCAGGAUCUUUUGGUUUUGAAUAAUGUUCAAAACAAUUUGGGCUUUUCGUCAUGUAUUUGAAAUAAUGAGCCCAUCAUCUUUUGUUUUGUGUACACAUGGACUAAACAACCAUGUGCAAAACGUCAUUAAAUAAGGCGUCUUAAAAGUCGAUACAGAAUAAAGUAUCGGUCUAUCGUAGAUUUUAACGAAUGAUACGUGGUAGAUGCGUUUCUCAAAUUAUCUCAGUGAGUCUCUCGAGAAUAUUUCGCAUACGUGGAUUCGAGCCUUGAUGCGCACGAAUUUACGCAACUCAGGGGCGAGAUACCGUUAUUUCUUCUUGUACUCCAAGGUAUGAUAACACGGCAAAUGGCUUCCAAUCCUCCUUAGUAUUACUCUCUCGAAAAGUGCAAUAACUUCGAAGCGUCCCGUGGGUCCCGCGGAAUUUCUGUCGAGGGUUGGAGUCGCUCGGCGAGCGGAUCUCGCGCGAUUCCUCGCUGCGCCAUGGCAUUGGUUCAUAGCGAUCAUUGGGGAUGAAAAUGCCUGUAUAGAAUUUUUUCUCGCGUUACAAGGUAACGCGGCUUCCGAUGCUCCCGCAAUGUUCCUCUGGACCCUUGUCAAAAGAAUCUACAACGAAUCUGUGUAAAUAACGAAAAAUCUAAUAAAACUGGUAAUUGUAA